UCUGAUGCAUCAGACAUUAGCAGAAGUGAUCAGUGAUCCCACAUCAUCCCAGUGUUUCUUCGAGCGCAAUGAAAGUGCCACCGUGGCCUUAAAAAGACAAACCUACAUUAUUCUCUCAGUGUUGCUGUGCUUGAUUUUCUUCACCUGCGUUACAGUGUGUGUUGAAAUGUAAAUACACACUAUCACGUUAUCAGUAUAUAUGUAUUCAAGUGUGUUUCAGUGUUAGUGUUCAAUCUGGAUCACCGCAGAAGGAGCACCAGAGGAGGGAAGAGAGAGGAGAUCUCCAGAGCAAAACUCCUGCUGUCCAAAAACAACAUGUUCUCCAAAUUUACCUCCAUCCUGCAGCACGCUGUCGAGGCGCUUGCGCCGUCGCUGCCGUUGCAAGAGGACUUUGUCUAUCAUUGGAAGGCCAUCACACAUUAUUACAUAGAAACCUCAGAUGACAAAGCCCCAGUGACAGACACCAACAUUCCCUCCCAUCUGGAGCAGAUGCUGGAUAUUCUGACCCAGGAGGAGAGGGAGAGAGAGUCAGGAGAGACAGGACCUUGUAUGGAGUAUCUUCUCCACCACAAGAUCCUGGAGACGCUCUACACUUUGGGCAAAGCAGAUUGCCCUCCUGGAAUGAAACAGCAGGUUUUGAGUUUCUACACCAAACUGUUGGGUCGAAUACGGCAACCACUCCUGCCUCAUAUCAACGUGCAUAGACCUGUACAGAAACUGGUCCGCCUGUGCGGCGAGGUUCUUGCUGCUCCUACAGAGAAUGAAGAGAUCCAGUUUCUGUGUACUGUCUGUGCCAAACUUAAGCAGGACCCUUACCUCGUCAACUUCUUCCUGGAAAAUAAGAAUAAAAGGUUGGAGGCUCCUAAAGAUGGUGGAGCUGAUUUGGUGAAAGAUCCAUCUUCUCCAGAUACAGGACAGAAUCAAAACCAAAAUCCCAGUCUGGUCACAAUCGCACAGGAAGUUGCAGCAGGUCAAGCCACAAGCCCAGGGGAAGCAAGUCCGUCCUCCGUCCACACUACACUGCCAAACAACGACAACUACAACCUAGUCAGCUCCCUUCUUAACCUCACUAAGAGUCCAGAUGGGCGUAUUGUGGUGAAGGCAUGUGAAGGUCUGAUGCUGAUAGUCAGUUUGCCUGAGCCAGCUGCAGCCAAAAGCCUCACAGAGAACACCGAGCUCAGUCAACUCCUCACAGACCGGCUGGCACAGUUCUACCGCGCCCUUCCCCAGUCCAUGGACCCUCUAGACAUUGAAACUGUGGAGUCCGUAAACUGGGGGUUGGAUGUGUAUAAUCUAAAGGAGGAUGCUGCUGCUUUUACGGGCAAACGUGCCCUUAUUUCCUUCCUAUCGUGGCUGGACUAUUGUGAUCAGCUCAUCAAAGAGGCUCAGAAGACAGCCGCUGCAGUUCUGGCCCGAGCCGUGAGAGAGCGGUUCUUUGUUACUGUAAUGGAGCCUCAGCUAAUGCAAACGUCAGAGGUUGGCAUUCUGACUUCCACAGCCCUGUUAAACAGGAUCAUCAGACAGGUGACGUCAGAAGCCCUACUUCAGGAGACUAUUUACUUCCUGUUGGGAGAGGGAACAGGGCCAGAGACACUUGCUGGCAUUACCCAGCAUCCCCUGAGACACAGACUCAUAGAACAUUGUGACCACUUGUCAGAUGAGAUAAGCAUCAUGACCCUACGGCUCUUUGAGCAUCUGCUGCAGAAACCAUGUCAGCACAUUCUGCAGAACUUGGUGCUGCGCUGUUUGGAAGAGCGCAACUACAUGGAGAACAAACAACCAGAGGAACGAGAGGAGCGCGAACACAUGGAGAACGGCCAACCACAUGACGCCGUAGAUCUAGAAGAAGACCCGCUGUUCUCAGAUCUUUCUCCUGAUAACAGACUCUCCAGCCCUGAUUGGUUAAGCUGCUCUCCGCCAUCAAGCACAGAACAUGCAAAGCCUGAUGGGAAGACAGAGGUUCACAAAAUAGUUAACAGUUUCCUGUGUUUGGUGCCUGACGAGGCAAAAUCAUCCUAUCAGGUUGAGGGCACAGGCUAUGACACCUACUUGAGAGAUGCACACAGACAGUUUCGGGACUAUUGUGGAGUUUGUCAGAAGUGGGAUUGGCGCAGCAGUCCAAAACCCUUUGAAAAAUGUAAUUUGGACAGUCCUUUUUUCGAAGGACACUUUCUCAAAGUGUUGUUUGACAGAAUGGGGCGAAUCCUCGAUCAGCCAUAUGAUGUUAACCUGCAGGUGACAUCUGUGUUGUCUAAGCUAUCUCUGCUGCCUCAUGCUCAUCUUCAUGAGUACCUGUUGGACCCGUACAUUAACCUGGCGCCAGGCUGCAGAUCUCUCUUCUCAGUCAUCGUCAGGGUGGUUGGCGAUCUGAUGUUGCGAACUCACCGCAUCCCUGAUUUCACCCCUAAACUCCUGCUGGUGAGGAAGAGACUGCUGGGACUAGAGCCAGAGGGGAUGAGCAUCGAUCACGUGACGUUGCUCGAGGGGGUCAUUGUUCUGGAGGAGUUCUGCAAAGAGCUCGCGGCUAUCGCUUUUGUGAAGUUCCAUGCAUCGGCCUCCACUUCUCCCUGAUUCUCUCGCCAUUGUGCGCAGGACACAAACAGAUGAAUAAACAGACGAAAGGAGGCAUAUGACACAGGAACGACAAACCCAACUGUACUCAUCCCUUUGCGCAGACUGCUGCCUGCGGCAGGACUCGCAUUCAAGGAUGUUUUAUUCGCGUUAUCUCUGGGAUGUUUCCAUAACUAUGACAGAGCGUACUGUUUUAAAGGCACAGAGAAGGAGAAUUUUGUAAAGAGAGGAGUGAAUUGUGACUCUCGUGGAACAGUCCAUGUGGAGAGAGGAGAGAGGAUUUUGUAGCAUUCAUAUGUAAAGAAAAAAAAUGAUAACUUAAGAACUAAAGAAUGGUAAUGCCAAAAAAUUAGAUUCUAAAGUAGAAAAAGAAAUUGACUUAAAUUUGAUCCAAAUAAUGAAAUUAAAUGAAAUAUUUAAUUAUU